AUGAGCAGCGAUAGAGUUCCGUCUCUGCCAUUGCCAGCUCCGCACCAGGCGUACUCGUCGGGUACCUCAUCCCCUCGGGUCAGUUCCAUUGGCUCUAUUUCGAGCUCUCACAUAGGCUCUAGUUCGUCUUUCACGUCGGCCGCAUCCUCAAACGGUCCCAAAACGCCUUCUCCCACCCUGCCCAUCAACUCGGCAAUUCCUGGACCAUCCAGCCAAACCAUCGGCGGAUACGAACAUUACUCCGCCAUGAAUCAACCUGCAGCAGACAUGUACUAUUCGCAACAUAUGUCUGCCGGUCAGGCGCCGCCGCCCCAGACUGUCACCUCCGGCAACAUGUCUUACCACCAACCCCCGCCGUUACAGCCAAGCCACUUGCCUCAAUACGCCCAGCAGACCCAGUACGCCCAGCCGUACGGGUACACCAAUGGCCUGACUUCGCCUCAGAACGCUCCUCCCGCUGUUAACAACGGAAUGGGUGGCCAGAACGUCCUUCCUCUGCCUGGUGUUUCUAACCAGGGCUUUCAGGGCUUUGACACGACCGGCCAAGUAGCACCGCCUGGCAUGAAGCCCAGAGUGACGGCUACCCUGUGGGAGGAUGAGGGAAGUUUGUGCUUUCAGGUUGAGGCCAGAGGAAUCUGCGUCGCGCGCAGAGAGGACAAUCACAUGAUCAAUGGCACCAAACUGUUGAACGUUGCGGGAAUGACCCGUGGUCGCCGCGAUGGCAUUCUCAAGAGCGAGAAAGUGAGACAUGUCGUCAAGAUUGGCCCCAUGCACUUGAAGGGUGUUUGGAUCCCGUUUGAGCGGGCUUUGGACUUCGCCAACAAGGAGAAGAUCACCGAGCUACUCUAUCCCCUAUUCGUUCAUAACAUUGGUGCCUUGUUGUACCACCCUACGAACCAGACCCGCACCAACCAGGUCAUGGCUGCUGCUGAACGUCGUAAACAAGAACAGAGCCAGAUGCGUGGUGCUCCCCAAACAGGAGGGCCUGGUCUGCCGUCGAUUCAGCAGCAUCAUCACCACUCUAUGGGCCUGCCAGGACCCCAGCAGUCCCUGCCAUCCCAUGCCAACAUUGGCCGUCCCACUCUGGACCGGGCACACACAUUCCCUACACCCCCCACCAGCGCCUCCAGCGUGAUGGGUGGCAGUAUGGGCACUUCAGACAACGGCUUCCAAUGGGCCCAGUCUCAGGGCAUGACCAAUGCCCAGGCUCAAAACCCCAUGUCUAUUGAUACGGGCUUGAGCAACGCUCGAUCCAUGCCCGCAACACCUGCUUCGACACCGCCGGGCUCGACUAUCCAAAACAUGCAGCCCUACCAGCAGUCUGGCACCCAACAAUAUGACAACUCGCGGCCUAUGUACAACCAAUCUGCUCAGCAGUCCCCCUACCAGACCACCAACCAGGCCUCGCAAGACCGCUCUGUCUACGGGCAGAACGAUCCGUAUGCCAAAAACGACAUGGGUCCUCCGUCAGCACGGCCUGCCACCUCUGGUGCCCCUCAGGACCAAAAGCCCCCGAACGGCAUGAUGCACUCUGAUCAGAGUGCUUCCCAGCCCGCUGGCGAGGAAGAGGCAGAGCAUGAUCACGAUGCCGAGUACACUCAUGACAGUGGCGCCUACGAUGCCAAUCGUGGUUCCUACAACUACUCUGCCCCUGCCGUUGGAACGCUUCCUGCUGAGCAUCAACAUUUGUCUCCCGAGAUGACGGGCUCGCCUGGGCACCCGCCCGCAUCUGGUCGUGCCACUCCCCGCACCGCCGCCGCACCCCAGCCCUACUAUUCUCAGCAGGCUGGCUACAGCACUCCCCCGCGGGUCGCCCAACAGUCGUCCAGCAACCUGUACAACGUCAUGAGCAACGACCGCAACUCGGCUGCUGCAGGUGGUAGUGACGUUUACCAACCCCAAGCGGAUAUGGGCUCCAUGUCAAAUGGAUAUCCCUCCCAGCUUAAUGGCUCCGCCAGUGGCAUCAAGCGCAGUCGCGACGAUGACGACGACCUUCAGCGUCCGCUCAGCGGCGGUGGCAUGGAUCUCAAGCGCAGGAAGACUUUGAUCAACGCGGCCGUUCCUGCUUACGACACCAUGGCUCGAGCUCCUCCUGUGAUGGCCCAACAACCCCAGCGAAGGUAA